GUGAGGGGCACCGCGAGGCUGGCGAGGCCCGGAGCGGCGCGAGGCAGCGGCGGACGCUCCACCCACUUUGGCCUGGAACCAGCCUCCCAGGGCUAAAAAUAUUGCCCGGAGGCUUCUGAGCGGAAUCAGAUCGCGCUAAGUAGGGCACGAGGCAUAGGCGACAGAGCUCCUGGACCCCGGCCAGAGCGAGACUCAGCAGCGGCUGCCCCCACGCUCGCCAGCAGCCAGCGGCCUCCCUCCGUGGAGCAGGUGUGUUUGGAGGCCGGUAUGAAGCUGAAAAAGCAGGUGACCGUGUGUGGGGCUGCUGUCUUCUGUGUGGCUGUCUUCUCACUCUACCUCAUGCUGGACCGAGUGCAGCAUGACCCCAUCCGGCACCAGAACGGCGGGAACUUCCCCCGGAGCCAGAUAUCUGUGCUACAAAAUCGCAUUGAGCAGCUGGAGCAGCUGUUGGAGGAGAAUCAUGAGAUCAUCAGCCACAUCAAAGAGUCUGUGCUAGAGCUGACCGCCAACGCCGAGGGCCCGCCUGCCCUGCUGCCCUACUACACGGCCAAUGGCUCCUGGGUGGUGCCGCCAGAGCCCCGGCCCAGCUUCUUCUCCAUCUCCCCCCAAGACUGCCAGUUCGCUUUGGGGGGCCGGGGCCAGAAGCCAGAGCUACAGAUGCUGACUGUGUCGGAGGAGCUGCCUUUUGACAACGUGGACGGUGGGGUGUGGAAGCAAGGCUUUGACAUCUCCUACAGCCCACAUGACUGGGACGCCGAAGACCUGCAGGUGUUCGUGGUGCCCCACUCCCACAAUGACCCGGGCUGGAUCAAGACCUUUGACAAGUACUACACAGAGCAGACCCAGCACAUUCUCAACAGCAUGGUGUCCAAGCUGCAGGAGGACCCUCGGCGGCGCUUCCUCUGGGCUGAAGUCUCCUUCUUUGCCAAGUGGUGGGACAACAUCAAUGCCCAAAAGAGAGCGGCGGUCCGAAGGCUGGUGGGAAACGGGCAGCUGGAGAUGGCGACAGGAGGCUGGGUGAUGCCAGAUGAGGCCAACUCCCAUUACUUUGCGCUAAUCGACCAGCUCAUCGAGGGACACCAGUGGCUGGAGAAAAACCUCGGUGCAACCCCGCGCUCGGGGUGGGCCGUGGACCCCUUUGGACACAGCCCCACCAUGCCGUACCUGCUGCGCCGUGCCAACCUGACCAGCAUGCUGAUUCAGAGGGUGCACUAUGCCAUCAAGAAGCACUUUUCUGCCACCCACAGCCUGGAGUUCAUGUGGAGGCAGACCUGGGAUCCAGACUCCAGCACAGACAUCUUCUGCCACAUGAUGCCCUUCUACAGCUACGAUGUGCCCCAUACCUGCGGCCCAGAUCCCAAGAUCUGCUGCCAGUUUGAUUUCAAACGCUUGCCUGGUGGGCGCAUCAACUGCCCUUGGAAGGUGCCUCCCCGCGCCAUCACAGAGGCCAAUGUGGCCGAGAGGGCAGCCCUGCUCCUGGACCAGUACCGCAAGAAAUCCCGGCUCUUCCGAAGCAACGUCCUGCUCGUGCCGCUGGGCGACGACUUCCGCUAUGACAAGCCCCACGAGUGGGACGCCCAGUUCUUCAACUACCAGCGGCUCUUCGACUUCCUCAACAGCCAGCCUGCGCUCCACGUGCAGGCCCAGUUUGGCACUCUCUCUGACUACUUUGAUGCCCUGUACAAGAGGACGGGGGUGGAGCCAGGGGCCCGGCCUCCGGGGUUUCCUGUGCUGAGCGGAGAUUUCUUCUCCUAUGCGGACCGGGAGGACCAUUACUGGACAGGCUAUUACACCUCCCGGCCCUUCUACAAGAGCUUGGACCGCACCCUGGAAGCCCACCUGCGGGGGGCAGAAAUCCUGUACAGCCUGGCUGUCGCGCACUCACGCCGCUCCGGGCUGGCCAGCCAGUACCCGCUCUCAAACUUCGCCCUGCUGACGGAGGCUCGGCGCACCCUCGGGCUUUUCCAGCACCACGACGCCAUCACUGGCACUGCCAAGGAGGCCGUGGUGGUGGACUACGGGGUCAGGCUGCUGCGCUCCCUUGUCAGCCUGAAGCAGGUCAUCAUUAACGCAGCUCACUACCUGGUGCUGGGGGACAAGGAGACCUACCACUUCGACCCCGAGGCACCCUUCCUCCAGAUGGACGACACCCGCUUAAAUCACGAUGCCCUGCCAGAGCGCACGGUGAUCCAGCUGGAUUCCUCGCCCAGGUAUGUGGUGCUCUUCAACCCGCUGGAACAGGAGCGGCUCAGCGUGGUGUCCCUGCUGGUCAGCUCGCCCCGGGUGUGUGUGUUUUCGGAAGAGGGUCAGCCCCUGGCCGUGCAGAUCAGCGCACACUGGAGCUCCGCCACGGACAUGGUCCCUGACGUCUACCAGGUGUCUGUGCCCAUCCGCUUGCCAGCGCUGGGCCUCGGCGUGCUGCGGCUGCAGCUGGGCCUGGACCGGCACCGCACCCUGCCGUCCUCCGUGCGCGUCUACCUGCACGGCCGGCAGCUGGCGGUCAGCAGGCACGAGGCAUUCCCUCUGCGCGUCAUCGACUCCGGCACCGGCGACUUCGCCCUCAGCAACCGCUACAUGCAGGUCUGGUUCUCAGGCCUUAGCGGGCUCCUCAAGAGCAUCCGAAGGGUGGAUGAGGAGCAGGAGCAGCGCGUGGACAUGGAGUUCCUCGUCUAUGGCACCCGCACGUCCAAAGACAAGAGUGGAGCCUACCUCUUCCUGCCUGACGGCGAGGCCCAGCCCUACGUGCCCAAGGAUGCCCCUGUGCUGCGUGUCACCGAAGGCCCUUUCUUCUCAGAGGUGGUGGCGUUCUACGAGCACGUGCACCAGGUGGUCCGGCUCUACAACCUGCCAGGGGUGGAGGGGCUGUCUCUGGACGUGUCAUCCCUGGUGGACAUCCGGGACUACGUCAACAAGGAACUGGCCCUGCGCAUCCACACAGACAUUGACAGCCAGGGCACCUUCUUCACAGACCUCAAUGGCUUUCAGGUGCAGCCCCGGCGGUAUUUGAAGAAGCUGCCCUUACAGGCCAACUUCUACCCCAUGCCGGUCAUGGCCUACAUCCAGGACGCCCAGAAUCGGCUCACCCUGCACACAGCCCAGGCCCUGGGCGUCUCCAGCCUCCAUGAUGGCCAGCUGGAGGUGAUCUUGGACCGGCGGCUCAUGCAGGACGACAACCGAGGCCUGGGCCAGGGGCUCAAGGACAACAAGAAAACCUGCAACCACUUCCGCCUACAGUUGGAGCGGCGCACCCUGGGCAGCGAGCCUGGCUUUUUCUCCACACUGGCAGCCCUGGUUAGGGACUUGGUCUUUCACAACAGCAGGAGCAGUGACCGAGAGGUGUCAGAAGGCCACUCUACCAGCUACCCAUCCCUGCUCAGCCACCUGACCUCCAUGCACCUGAAUGCCCCGGCGCUCGCCCUGCCGGUAGCCAGGAGGCAGCCCCCAGCCCCUGCUCUGCGCUCAUUUCACCCUCUUGCUUUCUCACUCCCCUGUGACUUCCACCUGCUCAACCUGCGGACGCUCCAGGCGGAGGAGGAGACCUUGCCCUCGGCAGAAGCUGCGCUCAUCUUACACCGCAAAGGUUUUGACUGUGGCCUUGAGGCCAAGAACUUGGGCUUCAACUGCACCACAAGCCAAGGCAAGCUGUCCCUGGGGAGCCUCUUCCAUGGCCUGGAUGUGGGUUUCCUGCAGCCAACCUCCUUGACACUGCUGUACCCUCUGGCCUCGCCCUCCAACAGCACUGACAUCUACUUGGAGCCCAUGGAGGUCGCCACCUUUCGCCUCCGCCUGGGCUAGGGCUUCCUGGGCCUGAAGAGAAAGUCCAUCCACAGAGACGGCCUCUGGCCCAAGGUCGGGUUGGACGAGCCACACUGGGUGUCCUGUCCCGAUCUACCUCUCGGAACUGACGGACUGGGCGCCGCCCUCGCUUCCUGUUGAUUGUUGCUUCUGUGUUCAGGGGCAGCCCAGGGCCCAGUGCCGAUUAGCUAGGGCAGACACUAGUGAGAUCCAGGAGAGAAGGCCUUGGUCAGAAUGGGCAGGGCCAGCCUCUGCUUCGCGGUGUGAGUGGCUGCCCAGUUGGGCACAGGCUCAAGCACCCAUCCUUUCCCCAAAAUGGGAUGGAGGAGAAGCAGGAAAGGUAGGGGAGGCUGAGUGGGUAACGGCCCAGCCUCAAGGUCCCUGGCUCUCGGGGAUCCUGUGGUUGUGUGGGACUGUGUGUCCUGGUGUGAUGAGCAGGAGCAGAGGGACGCUGGGAGGAGGGGGGCCCAGAGCUGGCAGCAGGGCGGAAGAGGGGGAAUCACCACUUACUGUGAUGGCUCCCCUCGUACUCCCCGGCCUGCGUGCCCUGGCUAGGGGCUGCAGCGCGGCAGGAGGACCCACUAGAGACUGUCGUGGCUAGAGGUCACAGGACGCUUCAGGUGCGAAACCCCCAUCUCAAACCGGGCACUUGGUCUGUGUGUUGACCUGUGGGAUGGUGGCAGGGGCACGGGGGGUCCUCCUCUUUGGUUCCUGUACUCUGUGCACCGUUCCCAAGAGGUCCUUCCAGUCGUGGGGGCAUUUGGCCUGACACGCUCCCUUCCCUGGAAAGAAAGCGAAGCCUCCAAGACGCCACGCGCGUGGGCAGCCUGAGGGCUUUUCGCACCACCCCGCAGCCAGGCCACAGCUCACCGUCCGUGCAUCUUCCCACGGAAGAGCCUGGUUCCCGGCACAGGGGCCAGGGAUAUGAGUAGGUAGGAGGCACUGUGGCUGCUCUUCAGCCUUCAUUUCUGCUUCGAUUAACAGAGAAAAAUUUGUGAUAGUCUCUAUAGAUGCUGAAAUGACAUUGGGCGAAUUUCACAAUCUCUCUCUUAUUAAAACUCUGAAGACUAGAAAGAAACAUGCUACUCUAGAUGCAGGUUUCUGUCAGAAACCAACAGUUAAUGGCAUUCCGAAGAGUCACACUCCACAAGCGUCCCUGUUCGUCAGAAGCUAGCCGAGGAUUACUGUGUUUCGGGAAGGCCUCGCCCCCUCGCCGCGUGGCUGUGAGGGGGACGGUUGUCGUUACUGUGGAUGAUAGAAGGGCUGGCCUAUAGAAUCUAAGUGCGUCGACCGAAGACCUCGUGAGAGCAUGCUCCGAGCUGACCCACGAUACACAUCAAUGUCCUGCACAGACCCCGGCUCUCUGCACACAGCCCGGAACGUCAUUAUGUUCCAGUGAUAGCGGAUACUUUGGGGGAUCUGACAGGUUCUAAAGUGCAUUUGGGAGAGUAAACGUGUGACAAUACUAAGAGAACUCUGAGUCUAGCGAGUCGGGUGGCCGUGCUGAGGUGGGUGGCAGCCAUCUGUCCUACAGGACUUCCUAAAGGAUGCGCAAGCGGCCCUGCGUCCACUGUGUGUGUGGCCUGGAGUGGGGGCAGACAGAGACUAGUGGGACAGGUGGGGAGCCCACGCACAGACCCAGGUAUUGGGGAAUUUAGGACGAAAGCGGUAUUGAGGGAAACGAUGGGUUACUUAAUAAGCAGUACUUGGGGACAGCUGGCUAUCACGGACGUGAGUUAGCUCUCUACCUCACAGCUUCCACGAAAAUGAGUUCCAGAGGGGAAAAAAUAAAAAAGUUAAACUACAAAAUUACUGAAGAUAAUAUAGGAUAUUUUUAUACCUCUGGUGUGGGAAGGUUUAAUAAUAAGGGAAAAGAUAGGUUUUACCACAGACAUAUUCAAGGUUUCUGUAUGAUGGAAGACACCAAGGUUAAAACACCAAUGACAGAUUUGGGAGAAAGUAUUUGCAGUGCUUAAAAAAUUGGGAGUACAAUUACUUUAGGAGAAAAGCUUGCUUUGGGGUUCUUAGGGGGAGUCAGUGGGCCUGCUAAGCAGCUCCCUGAAGCUUCAAGAGCUUCAGCAGUUCUUCCAGACCAUCCAGGGCUCGUGGAAUCCUGCCUAUAUCAUAUGGAAGAAAUAAGGUUACCAAUGUUAAAUGCUUAGCACAGUGCCUAGUACCUACAGGAGCUCAAUAAACGUGAGCUGUAAUACUAGUAAAGGAUGCUAAGCAAUUACAUUAUAGCAGGUGUUAUUUGCUAGUAUAAUAUAAUUUGUAAUCAAAUGAUAAGGGAGAAUCUGUGAACCCCCUAGGAAAUUAGCAGAAUAAAGGCUAUUUUCUUUGAAGGUCUUAGAUGUGCAAGUUAUUCAUCUGCCAGGAAUGAAAAUGUUUAUUCCUACACACUGGCCUGAUAGAACUACAUGGGCAGCACUGCUCAGGGAGCGGUCUAGAUCGGCCAGGAUUCCAUGUUGAAAUUCCAGCGUUCUGGCCUGUCCUGACUGGGGCUGCUCCUUCGGCAUGAACGCUGCAAUGCCGAGGGUCGGUGGAGCCAAGCUCCGGUGACCUGAGUCUGACAUGGGACAAGAACAAGAAAUAAACCCUAACUAGUACAUAAGGGCCAAGGCAGAUUCCUGGGCACAACCUAUUGAACCCAUCUCUGGGAGCAGGGGGCCAAAGGAUCUGCAUUUUAACAAGCUCCUAGGUGAUUCUUUUGCACACAAAAUUAGGCCUCUAAUUUUAAGGCAAGCAGCACCCCUUGACCAUGGAGCUCUGGCACUGAGGCCUCAAGGUUUUGACAGGUAACAGUCAAAGCUGGAACCAGGACCUAAUGCAGAAGCAACUUCAACCACAGGAAAUGGAUGGAAUCGGUUCCUCUCGCACCUCUCCAUCCACCUCAAACCACCCCAUUUCCAUGGAGGGCCGUAUGGCUAGUUGGAGCCAUGAAGAGAACGGCAGAUUCAAACUAAGAACUGGGUCCUCCAAUGCAGGCUGAACCAGGCUGAGACGGACCUCUGAUUUGGCUUGCGCAGUGGGUGAGUAUAACCUUGA